AUGAAUGUCUUCAAUAAAAUGAGUGAUAAAAUAUUAAAAAUUGUUGGACGUUACAUUUAUGAUAGUCGUGGAAAUCCAACAGUCGAAGUUGAUUUAUGGUCAUCUAAAGGUCUUUUUCGUGCUGGUGUGCCAUCAGGUGCUUCGACAGGAAUCUAUGAAGCAUUAGAAUUACGUGAUGGUGAUAAAAAUGUUCAUCAUGGAAAAGGUGUCACAAAAGCCGUAGAUAAUGUAAAGACGCUGGGAGAUAUGUUAAUUCAAAAAGGUUUUGAUGUUACACAACAAACAGAAAUUGAUAAUUUUAUGAUUCAAGCCGAUGGAACAGAUACAAAAAAAAAAUAUGGUGCCAAUGCCAUUCUUGGUAUAUCAAUUGCAUGUUGUAAAGCUGGUGCAGCACACAAAAACCUUCCAUUAUAUCAAUAUAUAUCAACAUUAUCAAAUGGAACAAUUCAAUUACCGGUACCUGCGUUUAAUGUUAUAAAUGGAGGAAGCCACGCUGGAAAUAAAUUGGCCAUGCAAGAAUUUAUGCUUUUACCAACAGGUGCAGCAAAUUUCAAAGAAGCAAUGCGUAUGGGUUCAGAAGUUUAUCAUCAUUUAAAAAAUUUAAUUAAAAAACAUUAUGGCCUUGAUGCCACAAAUGUUGGAGAUGAAGGUGGUUUUGCUCCCAAUAUUGAAAGCGCUGAAAAAGCUCUUGAUAUUAUUGUUGAAGCGAUAGACAAAGCUGGCUACAAAGACAAAAUUAAAAUUGGUAUGGAUGUUGCCGCUAGUGAAUUUUGUGAUGAAAAAACGAAACAAUACGAUUUAAACAAUAAAGAUCCAAAUAAUCCAAGAAUAUUAUCUUCAGAAGAUUUAGUCAAUUUUUACUGUGAAAUAGUAGCAAAAUAUCCAAUCAUAUCGAUUGAAGAUGGUUUUGAUCAAGAUGAUUGGCAUGGUUUUCAGUUACUUUUACAACGAAUGAAAGAACAAAAGAGAGAUGUGCAAUUAGUUGGUGAUGAUUUAACAGUUACAAAUGUCAAACGUAUUCAAAUGGCUAUUGAUAAAAAUGCAUGUAAUUGUCUUUUGCUUAAAGUAAAUCAAAUUGGUACUGUGACAGAGGCAAUUUCAGCGUGUAAUUUGGCUCGAGGAGCUGGUUGGAGUGUUAUGGUCAGUCAUCGUUCAGGCGAAACAGAAGACACAUUUAUCGCUGAUCUUGUUGUUGGUCUAGGAACAGGACAAAUCAAAACUGGUGCGCCAUGCCGCAGUGAACGUUUAGCCAAAUAUAAUCAAAUGUUACGUAUUGAAGAAGAAUUAGGUUCGAACGCCAAAUUUGCUGGUGAAACUGUCAGUCUUAAGUUAGGAUCAGGCUUUUCAUCAGCCGAAAUUACAGUCAUGUCCAAUGAACAUUUACAAUUGAAAGGUGUGCUAGUCGGUCAUAAUGAUUGGAUUACACAAAUAGCCACAACACCUCAGUUUCCUGACAUUGUAUUGAGUGCAUCACGUGAUAAAAGUAUCAUUAUCUGGCAAUUAUCCAACCAAUUAGAUUCCGUUGGUGAUGCAAAUCUAUGCGGUUAUCCAAAUAAGGCAUUACGCGGUCAUUCUCAUUUUGUUUCUGACGUUGUUAUAUCAUCCGAUGGUUUGUUUGCCGUCAGUGGUUCAUGGGAUGCAUCAUUAAGAUUAUGGGAUUUAUCAGUUGGAACAUCGACUCGACAGUUUGUCAAUCAUAAAAAAGAUGUUUUAAGUGUGGCAUUUUCAGCCGAUAAUCGUCAAAUUGUUAGUGGUUCACGUGAUAAAACAAUCAAAUUAUGGAACACUGUUGGACAGUGUAAAUACACAAUACAAGACGAUAAUCACACAGAUUGGAUAUCGUGUGUUCGAUUUUCACCGAAUCAAAAGGAUCCACUUAUCAUAUCAGCCGGAUGGGAUAAACUUGUGAAGGUAUGGAAUUUAACAAAUUGUAAAUUGCGCACAAAUCAUUAUGGUCAUAAUGCUUAUUUGAACACUGUCACAGUCUCUCCGGAUGGUUCACUUUGCGCUAGUGGAGGACGAGAUUGUCAAGCAAUGUUAUGGGAUUUGAAUGAUGGAAAACACUUGUAUACAUUAGACAGUGGUGAUACAAUCAAUGCAUUGUGCUUCUCACCAAAUCGUUAUUGGUUGUGCGCAGCUAGUGGAACAUCAAUUAAAAUAUGGGAUUUAGAAACAAAAACAAUUGCUGACGAAGUCAAAUCUGAUAAACAAUGUACAUCAUUAGCGUGGUCAGCUGAUGGACAAACAUUAUUUGCUGGUUUUACCGAUAAACAAAUACGUGUAUUUGAAGUAAAACAACGUUAA